AUGUCCCACCCAGACCGGCCCACGCUUACCGCCGCUCAGAACUCCACGAAGCGUCUCACCCGCUCGGCUCCCGCUGGCACUCACGGAUCGCUCGCGCAAGUCUACUUGCUCUCGACCCUCGACCACUCGCACACGCGUAAAACUCGCUCGGCCCUCACCGCAGGAAAGCUGGGCGCCAACCCUCUGGCCAACACUGGGAUUGAGUUUGGAGCUUUUAACGGCUUGUCCACCCUGUACAUCGGUAUUGCAGAGGCCAAACUAACCGCCGUACCAAAAGACCUCCCUUCUUCCAUCACAGAGCUGAGCCUAGACUACAACAAGAUCACUAAGGUGGAAAUAGAAGACUUCAAACGAUACAAAAACCUGCAGAGGCUAGGACUGGGCUUUAACCAGAUCAAGUCUGUAGAAAACGGCAGCUUUGCCAGCAUCCCGAGCAUCCGUCAGAUCCACCUGGACCACAACCGUCUGAAAAAGGUCCCACCGAACCUUGGCUCCAUGCGCUACCUCCAGAUGAUUUACCUCCACGGCAACAAAAUCAACAGUGUGGGAGUCAACGACUUCUGUCCCAUGGAGCGCAGUUUCAAGAAGAACCUGUACACAGGCAUCAGUCUGUUUGCCAACCCUGUGAAAUACUGGGACAUCCAGCCGGCCACCUUCCGCUGUGUGAGCGGACGAAGAGGCGUUCAGCUCGGAAACUUCAGAAAAUAGUUUGGAAUGAAAACAAUGCGCUCAAGAGAGAACUAGCAUUAUCCUAGUGUCCAAAUUAGGAAGUAGUUGAAAACUAAUCUGAUAGAUAAAACAAGAUAAAAACUGGAUUCUUAAAGUAUUCUGAAAAUGAAUUUUGCGUAUAAAUCAAGAAAUGUAUUAAAAAGUAUUGCACAUGUUGGUUAAGCUACCACAAGUAAAACAUGUUUUUGUAGCUGAAGAUCAAAUACAGGGGGAGGACGUUAUAACUUGCAGUACAUUAUAAUCACAUUCAACACAAGUGCCCUGUUACCUUCGUGAGGUUUCUGUGAGGGGAUCCUUAGUUUUUGUCACUUGACUUUUCUGUGUAAACCUUUCCAGGAAUAAAGCGCCUCCCUCUGGUCACUUUUAGAGCACAACGACAGAAUCUACCGGCUUUUAAUGGGUUUAAGCUAUUUUCUUUCAAGUUUUAAAUUAGACAAUAUUUAGAAUUCAAAAGCUUGAGUUGUUUUCUAAACCACAACAAACAUACUAAUUGUCCGUCUUAUGCCAUAUCUUUGCAUAUUAUAUUCAUGUAUUUUUUAAGUUAAGAUAUAUUAAUCAUCAUAAAAGAGUCACUAUAAGGCCAGAGCAUUACAUGACCCUAAAAACCACUUUCACUUUUUCCUUCCAGCAGAAGUCUGUACUGGCAUUUUUAUUUAGUGCAAUAUGUCACUUUGAAGCUGUCUGUAUGUGGAUGUUUUAUAUUAUCUCGCUGCAUGUCUGUAUUGUCUUUAUUUAGAAGCGGAAUGCUUCAUGGAUCAUACAAGUCUUAGAAACCUAAAA